UCCAUGUCAUCACUUAGCAACUGCCCGAAGUUACAAGAGCGGGAGUGAAAGCGCAAUAUUUAAAAUUGCAUUUAUUUAAGCAUGCUUUGAUAAAAUGGGGAAUAAAUGCUGUGGAAGUCGUUCCAUCCGGACUUCUUCUAAGGAAAAACGGACAUUGAAGAAAAAUGAAGAACAUUCGUUGAAUUCGUCGUCCUUAAAUGAGCACCAUGCAGCUCCUUCCAAAGAUGUUGAUUUACCAUCAAGCCAUAUCUCCGAGCCAUCAAACAGUGAACUGUCCACUAGGGACAACAGAAUACCAAACACUCAACCAGAUGAAGGGCCAGAGAUAACCGCAGAUGACAACAAGACCAAGGAUUACAAACAGACCAAAGAUGACAACAAGACAGAGGUUUACAAACAGACCACAGAUGACAACAAGACCAAGUAUUACAAACAGACCACAAAUGACAAGACAGAGGAUUACAAACAGACCACAGAUGACAAUAAGACCGAGGAUUACAAACAGACCAUAUAUGACAACACAACCAAGGAUUACAAACAGACCAAAGAUGACAACAAGAUAGAGGAUUACAAACAGACCACAGAUGACAACAAGACCAAGGAUUACAAAAAGACCAAAUAUGACAACAAGACCAAGGAUUACAAACAGACCACAAAUGACAACACAACCAAGGAUUACAAACAGACCAAAGAUGACAAGACCAAGGAUUACAAACAGACCACAGAUGACAACAAGACCAAGGAUUACAAACAGGCCAAAGAUGACAACAAGACCAAGGAUUACAAAAAGACCACAUAUGACAACAAGACCAAGGAUUACAAACAGACAAAAGAUGAUAACAAGACCAAGGAUUACAAACAGACCAAAGAUAACAACAAGACCAAGGAUUACAAACAGACCACAUAUGACAAGACCGAGGAUUACAAACAGACCAAAGAUGACAACAUAACCAAGGAUUACAAACAGACCAAAGAUGACAAGACCAAGGAUUACAAACAGACCACAGAUGACAACAAGACCAAGGAUUACAAACAGGCCAAAGAUGACAACAAGACCAAGGAUUACAAAAAGACCACAUAUGACAACAAGACCAAAUAUUACAAACAGACCAUAGACGACAACACAACCAAGGAUUCGGAACAACCCAAGGAUUACAAACAGAACACAGACCACAACACAACCAAGGAUUCCGUUAAAGACGAUGAUUGCAUAGUCUCCUUGUUGGAGAGCCCGAGGUCUUUAGCAGCCACUUGCAAGACAGAAGAUGUAUAUGCUAGGAGAGCAAGACUACAGAAAGUAUAUGAAGAAUUAAUACAGAAAUCCCAAGAAACGUUUGAUACAAGUAUCCUUUUUGGUGAUAAAUACCAGACAAAUGUGACACCCAAAGAUCAAAGUAAACAUCUUGAAAGCUACUCAGAAUUAAAGAAUGAAGACAAAGAUGAUAAUAGCAAAUACGAGAUUUGUGACAAAAGAAAAUCAAAAGACAUCCCACUUUCUAAUGUCACGUCUAUAACUCACUCUGAAAAACUAGAAGAACAUACAAAACAAUAUAAUAAAGACUUUGAAGACACUCAUACAACUAAAUUUUGUUGUCCAUGCCCCGGGCUGGUCUCCUUGAAGUUAAAACUACAGAAAACUACACAGGAAUUGAGACACAUUCCUAACAUCGACAAUGAAAUCACUCUUCAAGAUAUUGAAUUUGAAGAUGACCAGCUUGAAUCUACAAAGUUAGACGACUUGUUGAGACCAGACAAUACUGAAGAAAAGCCUGAUACAGAAAAGUAUAUCACAGACAAUGACUAUUUAUCUAAUGAUGAUGAUACAAGGGAAAGUGUGUCAGGAGAGGAGUCUGAGCUAGAGAAACUAAGCAAGACAGAUGACGUUAAAUCAAAACCUGAGCAAAUCAAAGCAUGGAAGAAUCUUGCUAUGAAACCAAGUGUUCAGAUGAACCGCAUCAAACUUGAGCAGUUUAUGAAAUAUAACAGAAAGCCACAGUUGAAAAUCAUAGAAAGACUCCGUGUAGAGGAUAAUGAUAUUAAAAGAAACACUCUCAGUCCAAUCAACAAGAAAUACAAGUCCGGAACAUUGGAGAACCUUAAAAAGAAGCGACAAAUCUCUUACAAAAAAAGAAACACAGAGAAGAGGUUGUGAAAAAAGAGAUUGAGAAACUUAAGUUCAGAAUGACAAAUGAGCAUGCCACAGAGGACUUGCCAAGACCAGCUUCACCUGCUCAUAGAGAUCACAGUCCAGGUCCUGCUACCAGAGCCAACUUCUUUGCUGAUCAAAGUGGCGCUAGCGGAUCCCAAUAAUCAAACUCUGGAAAAGUCAACUAUGUUGUGUUCACCAGUACUGGACAACAUUUACAUAAGUGUGUCGACCACAUGCAAUUUCAGCAAAAGCUGGACAGUUUUAAUAAAAACCACAACUCACCCAGGCCACCCACAAAACCACCCAUAAAGAUGACUAUGUUUGAGAAAAUCAAAAUAAAACAAGAAGCAAAGGAAAUAGCUUUGGCUAUGAGACGAGAUGCCACAAAUGAGAUACAGAGGCAUCAACAAACUGAGAAAAGUCCUCUUCAGCCUUUACAGCGACAGACAGUUGCAGAUCAAGUUAACGCAUUUGACGACAGAACGGUGCAAUAAAAUGGAUCUGGAAGCUGCUUUGCUGAAUUUUUUUUUAGACACAGCAAAUGAUGAAAAAAGUUGGGUUUAAACACUGAAGAAAGACAGUACCAAGCCACUCAGGAUGUUUCUAGACAAAAAGCUGUAAGACAAAUAUGGGACAAAUAUACCACAGAAGAAUAGGACUAUGCUGUUCAAGAACAGAGGAAGUGUUCAAAUAAAGCCAGUGCGGGUCCAAACACUGAGCAGACUGAUCCAGGAGUAUUGACUGAGAACCAGCCAUUACUGUUACCUGCAACCAGAAGUGAGCAAUCAAGACAGCCAUUACUGUUACCUGCAACCAGAAGUGUGCAAUCAAGACCAUCUAAUGACAACACCACAAGACCAGGUGAAUGGACCAAGGACCAACCAUUACUGUUACCUGCCAACAGGAAGGUGCAAUCAAGACCGUAUGACACUAGGAAUAGUUCACCAAGAUUCCCUUAUAUCAGCCUUAUAUCAGCAACCAACCAGCUUCUCAGGUUCCUUGUGCCACAAAAGACUUAAAUAGACUUACCAAUGACUCUAUGCUAGCCAAGCGACCGCCAUUUUCGUUUUCGACUGAGUUAUCAUUGGCUAAUUUCAAACAAUCAAAGCCAAGCCCUAGCAAGGCUAUGUCUUUGCCAACCCUAGAGAGAACAGUAAUUGAGAGGCAUGGCCCACCAAAGAAGGCAGACUCGACACUCCUUCCAAAUAUCUAUGACUCUCACAAUAUGACCUCAGAUGAACUUGAGGAAUUAAAAGAUCCAGAUCCUUUACAGAGACAAAUGACAUUUAUGGAUAUGAAAUAUCAAAAAUAAAUAUACUUAUAAAUUA